AUGAAUUAUAACGAUAACACUUUUAACGGUAAGUCUGAAGUCACGUAAUAAUUUGAUCGGAUCAAAUUUUUUUUAACGCUAAUUUGAUAAAUAAGUGAUUUUAACUUUUCUGUAUUCAGCUAUGCCAGGUAACAACAGCAGUAGACGUCUUACAAGACGUCCCAUGGAAACUCCCGGAUUGGAUGUGAAUAAUAUGGUUUCCCAACAAGUUCAAUAUAAUUACUCUCAGCCUACCAAUAUGUACACUCAGCCUGACACACAAUCGUUGCCACCUCAACAACAAUUUUAUUACAAUGAUUUUACGUCUAUUUCAUCACAGCUAAGUUAUGGAAACAAUGAUUUUAGAUACAGCGGAACAGUGCCAAUCAAUAACACAAUUAACAGACAACAUUAUACAUCGAGUAAUUUUAAAUUUUAUAGAUUUUGGAAUAAACCAUCAAAAUUAAAUGCUUUAUAAUAAUUUUAUGUAAACUAUUUUAUAAAAUGUAAAUAAUUUUUGCAAUUUAAAUAUAACCUAACAUUAUGCCUUUUCAACUGUAGAGGUUUUUCAUUUUUAUGUAAAUAAUGAUUAAUGUUAUUAGUUUUAAAAUGUAUCUGGAUGUUUAAAAAUUAAUUAUAAUUUUAGGCCCAAGUCCAAUUGCUCAAGCAAAUAUAUUUAAUCCUGCAAGUAAUUUAGUGAAUGCAUUUGGAAGCAAUCCUAUAUUGGCAGGAGCUACAGUUCAGUAUGGGCAGAAAAUGUUAGGACAUGUUGUUGACGAAAAUGUCGGAAAAUAUACGAGCGGAAUAAGUUCGCAGAUAAAACUUUAUUUUGCAGUAGACACUCAUUAUGUGAUUAGCAAACUGGUACUAUUAUUAUUUCCAUUUACUCACAAAGUAAGUUUAUAUAAAUAUUAUAUAAUUUUUAUUGAAUACUAUUUUUUUAGUUUAUUGUUUUAAUUUAAAUGUUAAGAUAUUUAAGGUAAUAAUUUGAUUUUUAUGUUACAUUAGGAUUGGUCUAUUUUAUUGGAUUCUGAUGUACACCAAACUGAAGAUCGUAAACGAACUAGGCCGAAAUCUGAUUUAAACAUGCCAGACAUGUAUAUACCUACUGUAUCAUUUAUAACGUAAUACUCUCAUUAGUUCUUUAAUUAAAAUAAAAUUAACUAAUCUAGCUAAUCUUUUAUAAUAUAGGUAUUUACUUCUGCUGGGUCUCAUACUCGGUAAACAAAAUCAAUUCAGUCCAGAACUUUUAAGUGUACAAGCAUCUCGUAUGCUCGCUUGGGAAUUAUUUAUCGUUGUGGUUGAAAUGAUAUUUCUAUAUAUUACAAAUAUACAAAGUUCAUUAUGUGUUCUAGACCUAACAGCUUAUUCGGGUUAUAAAUAUUUUGGGUAUGUUUAUUUUUCAAAAAAAAUACAUUCAAAUUUUUUUUUUCUUUUUUAUUUAAUAUUCUUUUUAUUAACACUCGAAAAUAAUAAAACAUAUUAAAUUUGCAGAAUUGUUAGCUGUAUACCAAUCGGAUUAAUUUUUGGAGAUGCAGCGUUUUAUAUCAGUUUGAUGUAUACCAGUAUUACAUUUAUAUACUUUUUGGUAAAUAAUUUUAUUUAUAUAUCAUUUUAAAUUGAUUUUUUUUAUUUUAAAAAAAUUAAUUUUUUAAGACUAGGGAAAAAAUAUCAUUCAAAGAUUAUUAAAAUCUUUUUAUAAUGUAUGAAUAAUUUAUAUAAAUGGGAAGUAUCAAUAAUGAUAAAAAUGUGAAAAAAAGAUUUUAAGUAAAAGAAAGAAAUGCUAAUUCAUUUUCUUUAAUUAAAACUUAACUAAAAAUAAAUCAUUAUUAGUAGGCAUGAUAAUUAAUUAAUGUAUGUAUUUUUUUUUAUAGUUAUUUUCCAUGAGAAUCAAGUUGAAUACUACCCCAAUGGUUUCAAACAUGGUCCAACCAAUUAUGAUCGAAUUUCAGCGUAAAAGAACUUUAUAUUUUCUGAUCUUGGCAUUAAUUAUCCAACCAUUAACAACAUGGUUUCUUAUUUCACAAUUAACAUUUUCUACGAAUUGA